AUGUUCGUGCCGACUUCACUUCUCCCAGGCGACGGGGUCGGGGAGUUCUCGGGCAGCCCGAGACUGCAGGGCAUCGUCGAGGCCUCGGGGUCCACGUGCCUCGUCAUGGAGCACGACUUCGGGCUCGACCAGGUCGCCGAGGUGAGGGCGCGCAGGCAGCUGGGCCGAGGCUUCAAGGUACAGGGCAACCCCUGGGCCGCCCUGGUGGCCUUCGACUCGGUGAUCGUUGCCACGGCCCUGGGUUUCGACACCGUGGCCGUCGGGAACGAGCGCUCCGCGAACUUCGGCAACGGCGUGUUUCUGGAGGGCGCUGGAGAGCGCCUGGAGGUGAACCACCAGUUCGACAAGUCGCUGGAGUUCGAGCGGGCGAUGCACCUCUACGCUCGGAAGUACCUGGACCCGGCGGUGUACUACUUCUCGCCCCUGCAGCAGCUCUGGGAGUCGCAGAUCGCGCAGAUAUUCUGCUCGCGGCUGCGCUCCUUCCAGGGCCUCUUCAUCUCCUGCAACAGCCUUGGGGGUUGCCAGAGGCGUUCCUGGCCCGAGGUACCCCCAGCUUUUCGCGCCCGCCUGGCCUCGUGA